AUGGCGUCAACAGCAGUGCGAAAUGGCAGUACUGCCAGUGACCCCAACGGAAGAGCAGGGGCGGUGGGAGUCACGCCGGCGUCACGCUUUGCUGAUAUCCCCUCCGCGAUCGAUAUUCCUGUGUCCGGCGGGCUGGACGCCGACGAAGCGGUCGAAGUCAAUCUUGAGGACCACCUCGACGACCCUACGGAGCUCUGUCAACUCCUGGAAAAUGAAAAGGCUGCGAAAAAUCUAUGGAUCACAAUCGCACUGGCGUACGCCAAACAGGCUCAAAUCGACCACGCGAUCGAAAUAUUGGCCAAAGGCAUGGGGUCACUGUCAAGGAGCGGGCCCAAGGAACGUCUGAGCCUGCUCGCCUGUGUGGCGUGGUUGAAUCUUCUCAAAAGCAGACAGGCUCCCCGAGUGUUACCGGAGAAUCAGCAAUCGUCCGAUGUGAAGACCAAAGAUCAUUACCUGCGAGAAGCCACCGCCUCGAUCAAUGACGCCCUCCGAAUCAAUCCUGCCUUCCCUCCACUCUAUCUCACCAGAGGCGUGCUUUUCCUCCUUCGAGCUUCCUUGCAAGCGUCAACGAAAGCUGGGUCAGAUACUGAAAGAGCCGAAUCUCUUAAACAGGCGCUCAAGUGUUUCGAUGACGCGCUGCGGGCCUCGGAAGGUCGCAACAUGAUGGCUUCAAUUGGAAAAGCUAGGACACUUUAUUUGCAGAAACAAUAUGGCCCGGCGUUACAAGUGUACCAGGACGUGCUCGCCAAAAUGCCCGGGCUCACAGACCCGGAUCCUCGGAUAGGCAUUGGCUGUUGUCUGUGGCAGUUGGGAUACCAGGACAGGGCGAAGAUGGCUUGGGAGCGGUCGCUGGCACUGAACCCCGAGUCAAAGAUCGCGCAUGCGCUCCUGGGGGUGUACUAUCUGCACGAAAGCGCCAAAUACCCGGCCUCUGACCCGCAGUUCAACGCUCUUUACAAGAAGGCUAUGAUCGACCAUACGAAGAAAGCGUACACUAUCGACAAAAAUUUCCCCCUCAGCUGUGCGACUUUUGCGAGUUAUUUCCUCUUGACGGGGCGCUACGACACGGUGGAACCCUUGGCGCGAAAAGCCAUCGAACAGACUGACAUCAAUGCCAUCGCUAGUGACGGUUGGUAUUUGCUGGCUCGAAAGGAGCACAACAAGGGGGACUUGCCAAGAGCAAAUGACUAUUACAACCGGUCAGACCAGGCACGGGGUGGCCUGGAUCGAGGCUACUUCCCGGCGAAAUUCGGUCUCAUUCAGAUUAUGAUUCAGACCCAGGACAUUCAGGGUGCCAAGUUCCGGCUGGAAAAUCUCUCCCAGCUCAAGGGACAUGUAGAGGCCAUGACGCUGCUGGGCUGUCUUUAUGCCGAAGAAGCGUUCUCCGCCCAGAACACGACGACCAAAGAUGACAAAGCGACCGCGGCGCGCAAGGCCAUACAGCUGCUAGAGGGUGUUCGAAAGACCUGGAAGGACGAAAAGACUCGGAACAAACCCGAUGAGUCGGUUCUGCUCUACCUCGCGCGUUUGUAUGAGCUUGAGAAUCCAGUUGAAAGUCUAAAGUGUCUGCAAAUGGUCGAACAAAUGCAGCUAGAAAAAAUUCCGGAUGAAGACAAGCCAGAUCCGAACGAGGAGGAAGCAACAUACAUUGCGCAACUCCGCGAGAACUUGCCCCCACAGCUUCUGAACAAUAUGGCGUGCUUCUUAUAUGGGCAGGAGUCGUACUCCCUGGCCCGAGAGACAUUCCAGAUUGCGCUCAAUGCUUGUGUCAGACUCACUGAGAAGCAAGAGGCUGAAAAGAAGGCGCUGGAGGAAGAGAAAAUCGGUACGGAGGAUGUCGACAACAGCGAUACCGAUGCUCUGGUGACCACGAUUUCAUACAACCUCGCCCGAACUUUGGAGGCAUUGGGACUCUUGGAGGAGGCUCAGAAGGUUUAUGAAGGCCUCCUUGCCCGGCACUCCGACUACACAGAUGCUUCCGCGCGCCUAGCGUUCAUAGCCUUGGAAACGUCACCGCGAGACGAAGGGCCGCGAAAGAUCCACGCAGUUUAUCAAAACGACUAUGGCAACACCGAAAUCAGGGCUUUGAUGGGCUGGUACCAUCACAGCGCCAAGAAGAAGACUUCCAACAUUGCCGAAGAUGCUGAGAAUCGUCAUUAUAAGCACACAUUGCAGGGCUAUGACAAGCAUGACCUUUAUUCUCUCGUUGGUAUGGGUAACAUCCACCUCACCAUUGCGAGAGAUAUGCCCCGAAAUACGGAUCAAGAAAAGGAAAAGCGGACCAAAAUGUAUGCCAAAGCAUACGAGUUCUUCGACAAAGCGUUGCAGUUGGACCCAAAGAACGCCUAUGCCGCACAGGGAGUUGCAAUCGCUCUCUGUGAUGACAAGAAAGCAUACUCAGAUGCGCUGCAGAUAUUCACCAAAGUUAAAGACACUCUCCGGGACCCCUCGGUCAACAUUAACUUAGGUCAUGUGAUGACAGAACUUCGGCAGUAUCAACGUGCCAUCGAUAACUACGAGAUCGCACUGAGAAAAGACGGCAAGAGUGAAAACGCUCAGCUGUUGGCGUGCUUGUCGAGGGCAUGGCUGUUGAAAGGCAAGGCUGAUCAAUCCAUACCUGCUCUGACCACUGCUCUCGAUUACAUGAAGCGCGCUCUGGCUACCCAACCCGACUCUCCUCAUUUGCAAUUCAACGUGGCUUUCAUUCAGUUCCAGAUUGCGCAAUAUGUGAACCAGGCUAAGGAAACGGAUCGGACGCUUGAAGACGUGGAUGCUGCCAUCGCCGGGCUUGAGCAAGCCAUUGAUACCUUUGAACAAGUCGCUCGACAUAAACAACCUCCAUAUCCCCGGACGGCACUCGAGCAGCGGGCGGCCAUGGGUAAAAACACCAUGAGAAACCAGCUGGAGCGCCAACGUGUGAGACAGGCCGCAUACGAGAAUGAAAACGCCACGAAAUUGAAGGAAGCGAAGGAGAGGCGGCAGGAGGAGCUGCGAAAACGGGAGGAGGCCGCAAGAAAACGCAGACAAGAGGAAGAGGAACGUGCCCGGAGGAUUGCAGAAGAACGGCGAAAGAUUGUCGAGGAGACGGAGAGAAUUGCCGAGCAGAUUCGCGCCGAGGCCGCAGCCAGAGAAGCCGCCGAGUACACGGACGACGACGAAACUGGAGAGCGCGUGAGGCGCAAGAAGAAGCCCAGGGCUGGGGGCAAGCGGAAGAAGCGAGAUGACGAAGAUGGGUUCAUUGAAGACGACGAGGAUGGGAAGAGCGAAAGAAGUGUUUCGCGGACUCCAGUUAGUGGUUCGGACAACGAGGCCCCGGCAGAGAUGCCCAAGAAGAAGAAGAGAAGGCUGGAGAGGAAGAGUGCGGCAAAAGAAACUCCACGGAAAAAGAAUGAGAAGUUCAAGUCCGAGGCCGUGGUGGUGGACUCAGACUCCGAAUUGGAAGACGAGGCGAGCGCUGUAGCGACCCCGGAAGAAGCUACCAUCGACACCCCGGCAUCCGAAGUCCCGGAUAGGGAUGAAGAAAUGGAGGAUUCACGCAACGGACCUGAAGGGGAACAGGAGCAAGUUCAACCUAAGCCGCCACCGAGGCAACGCAAACAACUCCGGACCAUUGCCGACGACGACGAUGACGACGACGAGGAAGACGAGGAAGAAGCGUUCAAUGCGGGCACUAAUGGCCACACGGAUGCAGCGAGGACGUCUGCCGAAGCCGGUUUUGGGGGUGAUGAUGAUGAUGACGAUGAGAAGGACGGCGGGAGGAGCGUUCAGUAA